AUGGGGCGGUUCCUGGCGGCUGUUUGCCUGGCGGUGGCCAUGGUGGCGGUGUGCAACGGCCAGAUCCCAACCUUCGAGGAGUGCGACGCCACCUUCGACAGGAUCGGCGAGGACAGCCUGCAGAGCACCUUCACGCCCUGCGCCCUGGGCAGCUCGCCCUCCGCCAGCUGCUGCAGCGCCAUCGCCUCCACGACGGGCAUCAGCCAGGGCGGAGACCUCGCGGGAUGCCUGUGCCAGCAGCAGGUCAUCGACGGGUUCAUUGGAGUGCUGGAGACGAACACGCUGGCCGCCGCGGUGGGAUUUGAUGGACCCAAGCUCAUGAGCGUGCUGGCAGAGUGCGGCGCUGACUUCGUCGGCAACAACGGCUGCGCCCAGGCGCCCCCGCCCCCACCCCCUCCGGCGGAGCCCACUCCGGAGCCCUCCACUCCGGAGCCCUCCACACCCGAGCCCUCUGCUCCCACAGAAACUCCUGAGCCUCCCUCACUCAAGCCACCAGUCAGGCCACUCACGCCGCCUGCAACCACUGCAGAGGCCAGCACUGGGAAGGAGGUGGUUGUGACUGGGCCGGAUGGAGUGCAGUACGUGAUCCAGAACGCCCAGCCGGGGUUCACAUACGAGGUGGUGCUGGUGCCUGGGACGAGCAAGGCUACGGCGGCCAGCCACCCUCUGGCCGGCAUUGCAGGCAAAAUUCCUUUCGUGAACACCGUGCUCUCCAAGCUCGGUCGACGAUAG